AUGCUCGCGAUGGAGAAUCAGACGACGGAAGAAGUUCGGGAACUGGAACCGAUCUAUCCUUCCGUGGUGAACGCGCCGGGUCAGGAGCAAAAGUUCAUCAAACCCUUGGAUGGCGACAGUGUACUAGCAGCUAGUGAAGAGCCAAGGAGAAGCAGUGGUGAUGCCGCUGCUGCUGGUGCUUCUGGUGAUGCUGGUGCUGCUGUUGGUGCUGUUAAUGGUGGUGGUGAUGGUGCUGUUGGUGAGGGGAGUUUCCGUCAAGGACUGGAGGACGUGGAGUUGAAGAUGGAAAUAGGGAAUCCUGGCCAGUCCUGUGAUGACACGUGCGCAGAGCGAGGCUUGAAGUGUCAGGCCGACCUUCUCCCCCGCAUCAACAACUGUCCUCUGCUCCGUCAUUUCUUCCCCUGCACGCCUGGCUGCUUCGCCUCUCUGGGAACAGAGCAGCCAGCAGAGGUGGUAGAAGCACCUCUGGAUAUAGCCUCUGAUACCCCACAGCACAUACACCUGUUGGAGAAUCCUUCUAGGCAAAAUCCGCAGCAGAGGAAGUUGCUGCAAGACCUCAGGGGUUAUUCCAGGCAGGGUCAGGUGGAUCUGCAUGAGCAACAGCAGCAACAACAGCAGCAACAACAGCAGAGGUCGCAGGCUCAGUUCAUGCCUCGUACUUGUCUAGUGAGCCUGGACCCGAAUAUGCCGUCCUGUGAGGGAAGCCACCCAGACAUGAGCAGGCUGUGCCCCUGUAGCUUGGUGCAUUCUUGA